AUGGGUGACCGAUCACGAAGCAGGUCUCCGCGCCUGAGAGAAAAUGCUGAUAGAGAGCGCCCCAGAAAGACUGGAGGCUUUCGGUGGAAGGACAAGAGCCGCACCGAUGAUUCCCGCGGCGAUGACCGCAGAUUAGAACGAGGAUACCGAGACCGACCACGAUCACCACGACGCGACCGAGAGGGCGACAGGUAUGGAGAUGGACAGAGGGACGGCGACCGCGACCGGGGCCGACAACGUGACGAUCGAGAUGCGCCGCGCGAAGACCGGGAAAAGAAACCGAAGAAGGAAAAGAAGGAGAAGAAGCCGGUCGCUCCGCAAUCCUCAGAACCCAUGAUUGUGGUCCAUGUCAAUGAUCGUCUGGGAACUAAAGCUGCGAUCCCCUGUCUUGCCUCAGAUCCGAUCAAGCUAUUCAAGGCCCAAGUGGCAGCUCGGAUCGGCCGUGAACCCCACGAAAUCCUUCUCAAACGCCAAGGCGAACGCCCUUUUAAAGACCAACUUACACUGGAGGAUUAUGGGGGAGGUUGGAACGGGCGAAUGACGGAUUCCCGGAGCACACUGCGCUCGGUGGGAAAGUUAUGCCAAGCUCUUUUAUGUUUUUUUCUUUUUCUUAGUACAUACUAUGUUGGGGACCGGAGCAUAGGAGUCACACAUGAAUAUGUUUCUUUUUUUCUUUUUUUCUUUUUUCGAGAUUUCCAAAGCCACUGGGGAUUACAGGAUCAUGUAUAUCUACGGAAUGGAACAAAUGGAAAAUCCGAAGCAGUAAACCUGCUGACCAUUUACUGCGUUCCUCCAGGGCUGUCUGUCCAGAAGCAAUUCAAAGGGCCCGUUUUCUGCGGGGGCCUCGUCACGACAUGCGCUUUACCCGAUCCGGGUCAUUUGCCACCUGAGGCAUCAGCCACAGAUCCGCUCCACUCCAAAGAGGCUUUUUUCCCAUCGCGGGACUCACAUCGUCGGGGCUUUUUUUUUCUUUUUUAUGUCUUUGUCCCUCGAAGUCUCGAUUCUUCCUCCGCCAUGAGAUCGAGCGCCGUCCUCCCUCCCAUUUCCAAUCCUGGCGACAUAUCCACAAGCAAAAACACUAUGGUUCGCAAUCUUGUCGUUAUCGGAGGCAACUCCCACCCUCAGUUGACUCAGAGCAUUUGCGGUGUUCUCGGCAUUCCUCCUGCAGAGGUCCUGCUCUCAAAAUUCGCCGUGGGUGAGACUCGAGUUGAAAUCCAAGAGUCCGUCCGUGAAAAGGAUGUCUACAUUAUUCAAUCCGGCGGCGGUAAAGUCAACGAUCACCUGCUAGAGCUUCUUAUCACCAUUUCCGCCUGCAAGACUGCCUCGGCCCGGCGAGUCACCGCUGUCCUCCCUCUUUUCCCUUACUCUCGUCAGAGUGACAUUCCCUAUGACAAGGCUGGCGCUCCUCUCGUCAAGGCAUCUGUGGGAGGCAAACCCGGCAAUGGCUACACAUUCGAGAGCACCCCUCCGACCCCGGCUCCUGGUGGAAAGACCGAAGGCCUGGGAUUGAUGAACGGAAUAAAUGGAAUUGAAAGCCUCCAGAAGGGCCUUGCCAAGGCUCAGAUCGAGGAGAGCAAUGGCAGCCCUGUGAAGCGACGGGGAAACGGUGUGCCCCGCAGCGACACGACGGAUUCCAUGAAGUCCUCCACCAACGGCACCGACGACGCAGCGAGCAUCACCUCUUCCAAGAUCAACUCCUUCCAGCCGCGUCCCGGUUACAAACAGUGGGUUGCACAGGCCGGCACCCUGGUGGCAGACCUGCUUACCUGCGCCGGCGCCGAUCACAUCAUCACCAUGGAUUUGCACGACCCUCAGUACCAGGGAUUCUUUGAUAUCCCUGUCGACAACCUCUACGGCCGACCUCUCCUGAAGAGCUACAUUCAGCGCAAUAUCCCUAAUUACAAGCAGGCUGUCAUUGUCAGCCCCGAUGCCGGAGGUGCCAAGCGCGCUACGGCAAUUGCUGACCAAAUGGGCAUGGAGUUUGCCCUGAUCCACAAGGAGCGCCGCCCCACCAAAAUCACCGACCGCCAGAAUGCCACCAUGAUGUUGGUUGGCGAUGUCCGUGAUCGGAUAACAAUUCUGAUUGAUGAUCUGGCGGAUACCUCCAAUACCAUUACCCGCGCUGCCAAGUUGCUCAAGAAGGAAGGCGCAUCUCAGGUAUAUGCCCUUCUCACCCAUGGUAUCCUGAGUGGCGACGCUAUCGAGCGCAUCAACGCCAGUGCGCUUGACAAGGUUGUUGUGACCAACAGCGUGGAUCAAGUUGACCACUUGCGCCGAUGCCCGAAGCUGGAGGUCUUGGAAGUCGGCCACGUUUUCGGCGAGGCUAUCCGUCGUGUGCACCACGGUGAAAGUAUCAGCGUUCUCUUCCAGUAUGAUUGA